CGGAAGUACAACAGCAGGAAACAGUGGAGAUAAAUUGUGUGUAUGAAGUUAGUUAGCUAACGUUCACUUAAAUAAAACAAAAAGCGGCGUUUAAUAUAAGGAAGUGUUUUUUUUUUGGUGUAUAUAUCAUCGAUAUCUUACCCGUCACUUUCUCUGACAACAGGAGCAGCUUCAGCCAGGAUGGAUCCGGCUCUGCUGAGGGAGAGGGAGCUGUUCAAGAAGAGAGCUCUGUCCACCCCAGCUGUAGAGAAGAGACCAGCUGCUUCAGAGUCCGGAUCACACAAGAAGAAGAAGCCCAAAGUUGAUAAGGAGAGCUCCUCUGGGUCUAAACACGGUGCUGACUUGAGUAAUGGCAAUUUCAACAUUAAGACAAGCUCCGGGUACAAGUUUGGCUGCCUGGCCAAGAUAGUCAAUUACAUGAAGACAAGGCAUCAGAAUGGUGAUACACACUUCCUGACCCUAGAGGAGAUUCUGGAUGAGACCAAACUUCUCGACAUCAGCAUGAAACAGAAACAGUGGCUCAUGACUGAGGCCUUGGUCAACAACCCAAAAAUUGACGUCCGGGAUGGGACGUAUGGGUUCAAGCCAAAGUAUAAUCUGAAGGACAAGAAAGCCCUGCUGAGACUGCUGGACAAACAUGACCAGCUGGGCCUUGGAGGGGUGCUGCUGGAUGACGUGGAGGAGGGGCUGCCCAACUCGGCCAAGGCCAUCAAGGCUUUGGGAGAUCAGAUCAUUUUUGUGACAAGACCAGAUAAGAAGAAGAUCCUAUUCUACAAUGACAAGCACUGCCAGUUCGUGGUAGAUGAAGAGUUUCAGAAACUGUGGAGGAGCGUUCCGGUGGAUGCCAUAGAUGAAGAGAAGAUCGAGGAGUACCUGAAGAAACAAGGCAUCUCCUCUAUGCAAGAAACAGGAGGAAAGAAAGUGUUACCAGUUCAAAAGAAGAAGAACAAAGGUGGACAGAGGAAGAGACACUUCAAGACUCACAACAACCAUUUGGCGGGAGUGCUGGAGGACUAUACAGAUGGUGUGCCUGGGAAGAAGUGAACCCACCGCAGGAUAGAUGCAGAAUCACUACAAUAGAAAGACUUUUUAUGGCUGUUCAUGUCAACCAGCUUUCUUCUUUUCCUCUCCUCGCACUCCUCUGUGAUCUUGUAUUACAUGGAGUCAAGAGCAACUAUUGUGUGGAAUCCUUUUUAGUUUGGUUAUUGAUAUGUGAUAACUGCAGGACCUUAGAGGAAAGGAGUACUGAGACCAUUAAUGAUGCUGUAUACCCCGACCAAAACUAUCAUCCUUUUUACAGGGGGCGCUGUCAUUUGACUGUAAGAAACCUGCAAAUCAGAGUUUAAGUGUGUAAAUAUUUUUUUUCCUUCAUUUUACUCAGUGUAUCACAAAGAAAUGUGUGUAGAAGAUAUUCUUUGGGGCAACUCUCCUCAAAUAUUGAUAACUUUCCACCAUUUCAAUAGGAGUUGCUUGUGUUGUGCAUCAUUGAGAUCACAUUGAACCAUCUUGGACGUCACUUCUCAUUGAAUUCCAAUGUAUUUAAAUUGUUUUACACCGUAGCAUCAUAGCAAAGAUUUAAAAUGCUAGAAUUUUGUGAAUUUAUUUUAGUAAUUGACACUGUUACAUGA